UUCGUCGAACUUUUGGUUGCCAUUCAUUAAGACAGGGGCGAUCAGUUAAAUUGAAACCAUGUGAUUCGCAAGGGAGACAUCUACCCUAUGAUUAACUGUGAUAGGAAGGACACGAGAGGUAACGAAUUUUAUUUUGUAUUGGUCAAUGUGGUAGGAAACUAUUAAUUAUAGUGUUCGGCUCAUUAGUAAUUAGUAAAGGUGAAGAUUGCCAGGAAUGGUCUGGCAUUUAGUGUGAAACAGAAUUCCUUAAAAUUCUUUUCGAGAACUAUUGCACUUUCUCUCCGCUAGGGAAUACGACUCUUGGUUAAUGGUUUCCUUCGAAAACCGUUUGUUUCAAGAGACACCAUUUUCUCCUUGGAAUUCCCAGUGACCUCCCUCAAGCGGUGUUGUCUCAAACUAGAACCUGAACUAUCGAUGAAAAUUGAUAACUAUCGAUGACAAUCGGUAACGAUCAAUCGAUUAAAGCACAUGUAGAUAUAAAAGGGGGAUUCUGGCGCAUUUUGAACACAACCUUGAUUCCAAGUCAACUCAUGAAUUUUAACCUUGAUUUCAAGUCAACCUUGAAAUCAAGGCUGGUUCCAAGAGAGCAGUUUUUGCACAUUUUGAAAACAACCUUGAUUUCAAGGCAACUUAAAAUUUCACCAGUGAAUAAUAUUCAUGAUGUCUCAGUUGUUCAGAGUUCUGAAGAGGGUGUGAAUAUUAUAAUCUUAAGUGAUUCUCUGGAACAGUUAGGGUGUUGAUUCAUUUUUCUUAGUUUUUUCCAAAUCAACGAAUUACUUCAGGAGGUAACUCAGUUCCAGGAGGAACAGUCUAAAGCUCUUCUUGGACAGGUCCAUCUUGCAGAUAGUAGAGAAAAGGCUCACCUUUAUUCAUAAGUGAUUUUUUGAUAUUGAAGACCUUCAGAGACCACACUGAAUCUGUGGUUCACUUCUGACCACCUUCCAGCUCACUAGCUGCAUAGAAAUAUCUCACAUUAAUGAUUGUGUCUGAUCCCUUAUCUACUGAGAUUGUCAGAAAUAAGCAUGCACUGUGAAUAAUCUGUUAACUUCAGUAACUGUGACCUCUCACGCGAAAACGUACCUUAUGGUAUCCGUUCGAAUGGUCGAACGCACGGUAUGUGAACGGAUGACAAACGGAUAGAGAAACCGUUUAAAACGGAUGCCGUGAACGGCUGAACGGCUUCAGAAAAAUUUCGAACGGUUGAAGUCGAACGGCUGAACGGCUAAAGGAAAAUUUCGAACGGUCGAAGUCGAACGGCUGAACGGCUAAAGGAAAAUUUCGAACGGUUGAAGUCGAACGGUUGAACGGCUAAAGGAAAAUUUCGAACGGUUGAAGUCGAACGGCUGAACGGCUUCAGAAAAGUUUCAAACGGUUGAAGUCGAACGGCUGAACGGCUGAAGGAAAAUUUCGACCGGCUGAACGGCUGAAGUUUUCAACGGAUAAGGUCAAAGUAAACGGUUGAACGGCCGAUCAAAAACAUUCGAACGAAAUGACAGUAAUUAAGAUAAACGCGACACGCGCCGCUUAGAUCUGAAAACUGAUAGAAAACUUAGAAUAAAUCUAAAAGGCAUUUGUAAACAACGCUUAUAUUUACAAAGUUCGUGUUGAAUGUUGUUACUGUUAUUCUCCCACGCGAUAGUACUGUUGGUUUGGCAAGCAUGCUCUAAACAAAGCAGAGUUUAAUUCCUUGCAGAGGGGAAACACGCUAUAUUAGGAACCUUCAAGUGUUUACCAAACUAACUUUAGUCUGUCCGAUGUACUCUUGACUGAUCGCAGUGCGAAGACUAUUAACUUUGACAGGAUCACGGCUCGAAACAUCCCUUCCAAAGGAAUUGUAAGCUACGGUUUCAAAACAUAUCGCCAGCCGUUCGCCACGAACAUCCAGUUCGAACGGCUCACAACUUUUUUGAAACGUAUAGCUCCAGCCGUUCGAACGGCUCCCAAUUUUUUUUGAACGGAUAGCUCCAGCCGUUCGAACGGCUCCCAAUUUUUUGGAACGGAUAGCUCCAGCCGUUGAACGGCUCCAAUUUUUUUGAACGGAUAGCUCCAGCCGUCGACGGCUCCCAAUUUUUUUUGAACGGAUAGCUCCAGCCGUUCGAAUGGCUCCUAAUUGUUUUUGAACGGAUAGCUCAAGCCGUUCGAACGGCAUCCCAUCCCGCUCGAACGGCUGAUGAACGGCUUACGAACGGCUACCGUUUCAAAACGGCAAACCGUAAGGAAUGUUUUCGCGUGAGAGGUCACAACUGUGACAUAUUUUUUCCUGAAACUUCUUUCAGUCUUUUUUAAAACUUGCCCCUGCAUAAUUUAACAUGUCUCAAAGAAGCUUCUCAUAAUGAAGUUGCCUUAAAAUCAAGGUUGUUUUCGAAAUGUACAAAAAUGGUUUUUUUUGAGAUCAAGCUUGAUUUUGAGGUUGACUUGAAAUCAAGGUUGUUUUCAAAAUGAGCUAGAAUCCCCCUCUUACAUCUUCUAUUGAUGUUGAAAAUCGAUGAACAAUCAAAUGUGAAAGUUUCUGUGAUUUCUAUUCUCAUCGAUUAUCAAUAAUCAUCAAAAAUCAAUUAAAAUCAAUUGGUUACACCAUGAAAACCCAAUUUCAAGUGAACUUUAAGCAUACACGUAUGUAUUUGAAGUCUGGUAAUAGCAUUUUCAUCAUGAAUAAGAAAUCCUUUGAAUUUGAAACCUUGCCAGGUUUUAAAGUUUGACUUCUGUUACUGACCAUUUUAGCGAAACUGACCAAUCUUGUCCCAUUAUUUCAAACCAAGUUUCCCGUCUGAGUUUCAGGUCCCAACCAAUAAGUUGGCUAAUGGUGGGAGACAUAUGGUAAACCAAAAUAUGAUUUGAUACAAAACAAUUAUUCAGACAUGUAUAUGUAAUAACUAACCACAUGCUUUCAAAGUUGGUCUCAAGUGCUCUAAUCUAAUUUGUUUUUUCAUAUUUCUCUGUGUAUAUUUAUUGGAAAACAGGGUUUUACUUAUUAUGGCAGAGGAUGGUUUAGCUAGGAACUUAGAUGAUGUAACAGUAGGUACUGGAGGUAAUGGAGUGAUACAAGGCAGAAUACCACAGUCAGCAAGCAGCCACGGUGAAGGAAAAACUACAAGCAGAGGAAGAAUUUAUAAUUAUAACAGGCUUGCAUCUGCACAUGGUCAGUACUAUCCUAGUGCUGGUAGCUCGUCAGGAUACUGUCAUCCACAUGGCAAUGACUGGAAACUCACAUCAAGUGAAGAUGACAAGGCCCGAUAUACAGUGAAGCAAAUUGAUCAUGAUGAGAUAGGGGAAAUGUCAAGAGAGCAAGACACUGUCCUGGAAUCACAACAAGGGGCAUGCUACCAACCUACCAAGAUGGAGACAGAGGCAGUCUGCCAAAAGAAAGAAGACAUUGCUAAUGACUCUCGAAAAGCUAGGGGGAAAACUGCUAAAAUUUUAGUGGACCAGCCAAGGGCAAAAGAAAGCAGAAGAAAGAACUCACAAGGUAAAAGGGGACUUCAAAGACAUCAUGAUGGCAACAAUGAAUUUACCCCUUUAUGUCGCGAUAGUCAUGAAUUCUGUAAUGACCUUACAAUGCAAGAAAGAGUCAUUCAUAAAUCCAAGAUUUCUACUAAAAUGGACUCUUCAAGCUCUGUAUGGCAACCUAAUUUUAACUACAGUAAACAUGGACACAGAUCCAAGAAACUUGAUAAACCAGAUGGUAGGCAGAAGGGACAAAAGGGAGAAACUUCUGCAAUAAAAACAGGAAAGAGAGGCAAUGUAAGAGAUUACAGAAGACAAAAGGAAGAAGUUCUUCGAACACUCAGUUAUCUUAAUCCACUGCAGUCAUCUCAAGCCAGUGUCUUGAUAGAACAGCUAAGGAAUGAGACAUAUGAGUGUAUGGUUUGCUGUGAACGGAUUCGAUGUAGUGCUGCUGUGUGGAACUGUUGUAGUUGUUAUCAUUUGUUUCACAUGGGCUGUGUGAGAAAAUGGGCAAAAUCCUCUGUGGCUAUACCUCCAGAAGGUAUGUCAAAAAUUAAAUAUGAUAGGAAUAUCAGUUAUGAAAGUACAUUGUACCACCUACACUGAUCUUGUGGCCAUCUAAACUUUAACCUUCACUAUAAACGUGUUGAAAAAUAUUGAUUGACUCUGCAUCAUACUGAACUAAUACUGAUUAAGUUUAUCAAAGUUCAAGUUUAAGGGAAUACUGUAAACACCAGCUGAUGAGCCAUAUGCACAGAUAACAAGCACCCUAAGAUUAAAUACUCAAAUUUUUUAAUAAGGCUUUUGAAAAGAAAUCUUACGAAAUCACAACUAGUAUGUCAACAGGUGCAUACACAUCAGAUGUGCCUAUGGUACCAGUUUGUGAAGUCCCUCUAUCAUUGAGCUGUACCAUGUAUGUGAGUGUUACACCAACUAAAUUUUGGCAUGCAGUUUUUGUUUGGUUUUGCUUUUUUUUGUGAGCAUAGUUUUGGAACCAAUUUAUGUUUUUAUUAGCUUUCUCGGGUCUUUUCUUGAACCAUGUACAAAAUGUUGAAACAGUUUGCCUAAAUUAUCCUUUGAACACUACCAUGUUACUGCACUUGAAAAUACUGCAGUACUACACCAUUCGUUACCUAUUACAUUAAGUCCUUCAGAAUUGACUCUAUUAUUCUAUUUAAUUUAACUUGAGGUGAUGAAAUUGGUGGUUGGCGAUGUCCAGGCUGUCAACAUAUUACUCAGGGUAUUCCAGCUGUCUACAAAUGCUUUUGUGGUAUGGAGUUUCUAUCAUUUUUGUUUAGUUUUAACACUGCUGAAUUAUAACAAUGGCCUUUAAUGGCUCAUUUUUUCAUCAUGUAUUUGUCUGAGGCAUAGAUAACAUUUAGUUUGGAUCAUGUCUGUCAAUGAAUAGGGAAAGUUAUUGAUCCUGAGUGGAGACGUCAGGAAGGGUUGACACCUCACAGUAAGUAUUAUUUUAGUUAAUUAAUUUCAUUCAAUUUUUUUGUACAUCAGGUGUCCCAAAUUGUUUUCAUUUUCAGAAUGAAUUGAACUGAAGGAGUCACUAGGAGGGUGGUGUGGUAAUGUGUGCUAAGCAAAAACUGAAAAACAUUAUGAUAGAGCCAAAGUGACAAGUUAACUUGAAUGUCACUUUUCAUGAUGAAUGGAGUAACACAUUUGGAAUUUAACUGCUUAUUGUCUUUGUGGUGUACACGCAUGAGUGUAAUGCUGAAGUAAUCAAACAGAAAGUCAUUUAUGCCAUAUUGUAAAAUUUAUCAUUAUGUAAUAGUACUCAGCUGGAAGCUUUGGGGAAUAAGCUAUUGAAGUUCAUUGUGUUUAUCACCCAGAGACUGGUUUUCAUGUCUAUUGUUUCAUUCUUGGAGUGAGAAACCAGAGUGACUUGUGAUAGUUGGUGUUUUACAGGUUGUGGAGAACUAUGUGGAAAACAGAGAGAUUCACUUUGCCAACAUCACUGUAACCAGUGAGUAUUUUGUUUUCAAUGAAUGUUUUACUGCAGAUGUUCAAAAAUGUACAGUCAGAUGGUGUAUGUGUCUAAGUUGUUUAUUCUAUGGUUAUCAAAAUGGUUCUAAGAAUUGAAGGGGAAGUCAUUUCUUACCAUCCAACAAAGCAGAAAUUAACCUGACUAUGCUUUAAUCAAUGCAAACUGAACCAUGAGGUUGGUAAGAUAUUUUGUAUCCUCGCAAGAAAAUAUGUUUAUUUUCAAGAAAAAUAAUUAUCACAGUAUGAAAAAUAUUUUAAUGGUGUCACAACCCGACAAUAGAAGGGCUCUGACGAAGGGCUAAUGCUCGAAACGUCAGCUUUUUUACCCUUUACGGUGGCUAAUUUACGUUUUCAACCCAGUUGUUAACACUAAAUUACCUGCUAUACUCUUCCACCAACACAGCACCACAGUUUCUUUAGAAACUUACCCCUUUACCCCCUCAUUCGACAAUAGAAAUGUUAGGAAAUUGUCAAGAAUAAAUGGCCAAAUUUUUAAUAUACCUAUACAGAAAAAUUCUUUAAACUGUGCAAAUGUGUAUGGCUUUUGGGUGAAAAAAGAUGCAGAUGCUAUGGAAUGCACUUUUCAUGAUAUUUCUGUCAGUUUUUCUUUGCUUUCUGCAACUGGGAGAUUCAGGAAGGAUAUGUGAUAGCCCAUCAAAGAUCUAAAACUGGUAAACAGAAAUAUUGCUGCCAGCAAAAGCCUACUUGUGUGUUCAUAUGGAGCAGAGGGGUUAAAAUUUUCUAGUUGAAUGCACCUUAGAUUUACAGGGUGAGUUGAUUUUGAUUGACUGAAAGUCAUUAUGCAUAUUCUCCAUACUGUUCUCUUUACAUUUCCCGAGGUGCUAGGGAGAAUUUGUUUAACUAUCAAGCAUACAGCAAUCAUUUCCUUUAUACUUGUGAUCCUACUGUGUAAUUCAAGGGUGAUAUUGUAAGGAGAAAUUCGAUGCUAGUCACUCUCUGGGAUCAAAGAGUUAAAGCAUGUGAUUUGUUAAGCAUCCAAUUAUUCCUAUCUACUAGACAAUAAAACAUACAGCACCAACUGAGGGCUUAGGACUUGUAGGAAUGGGCAGAUUGAAAAUUGCAAAGAUUUUUGAACAAAGGAAUUGUGAUUGGAUUCUUAAUCACCCAUCAUUUGCUUAAAUUUGAGUAAAGUAACCUAAGUAGUGAGUUACAUGGAAAUGAUAGUCCUUGUUCUUAAAAAAAAAAAAAAAACACUGAUCAGAAAACUUAUGAGAUUCAAAAUUCUCAAGGUGCAUUCAUGUUCUAUUGGAUCCUACCUCUGCAUGAAGACAAAAAAGAAUUUUACUCUCUUGAAAGAAAACCAAUACACGAAAACAAGCUCAUAUAGCACAGUUAAAGUUAUGCAACAAACUAAUAUGACAAGACUGGUAUGUAACAUGGCCUUUAAGGCAAUGCUUUUAAUAAGAUUUGAAGUUGGCAGCUACCUUGAAUUACGGUCAACUUGCUGACGGACCAACUCGCCAACGGACCAACUCGCCGACGCCAACUCGCCGACGUAUAAAAUCGAGUAGAGACGUCAGCGAGUUGGUUGUCAAUCCAAUACAAUUUAUUAGAAGUUAAACAUACAGAAAAUUAAACGAUAUUUAGUAAAAAACACUGGUGAACAUUGGUGAACAUCUAAUAGAAGCUUAAACAUUGGUGAACAUUGGUGAACAUCACCAAUGACUAUAACAGCUUAAGACGCGAACGAGUUAUUGUGCGACAACAACACCGUAAAGACUCAUCAUGUCAAUCGCUCAGAUUUUUUAACGAAAACUUGGCUUUCUAGAUGAGAUCUUUAGUAAAAAGCAUUUCUUUUUAUUUGCAACAAAGUUUAUAAGGAUCUCAAGGCGAAUAAAGCGAAGUAAACAUCACCAAUGACUCAAACAGCUUCAAACGCGAACGAGUUAUUGUGUGACAACAACACUGUAAAGACUCAUCAUGACAAUCGGUCAGAUUUUUUAAGAAAACUUGGUAUAAUAAGUUGUAUUGAUAAGUUGUAUUGGAUUGACAACCAACUCACCGACACCAUACUCAAUUUUAUACGUCGGCGAGUUGGCGUCGGCGAGUUGGUCCGUCGGCGAGUUGACUGGUUACUGCUACCUUAGUGAAGCACCUGCUGGAGAAUAAUAUGGAAAACAAUCUCUCUCUCAUUGACCUGCCAUUCAUUCAGUUCCAUUCAGUAUAAACUGGCUUCAAACAGUUUCCCAUGUUAAACUUUGGUAAAUGAUCAUUACAUAUUAGACUCCUUUGAAACAAUUACUUUAACUGAUUGUUUUAACACCAAUCAAAAUCUUCCAUUUGCUGAUAUGCAACCCUGCCACAAAACCCGACACAAAAGUUGUCUGAGAGGACAUAGGGUCACUGAUUACCAAAAUUUGAGUAAGUGUGUUUUUUGAAACUCAAAAAUCUAUUUUUGCUGGAAAUGUGGUAUAUGAAGAGACAAUAUCAAUCAUUCUUAUCUUGUCUAGCCAAACCAGAUUCUAUUGUUUCCACUCAUACAUCACUCUGACUCAUAGUUGCUUAAAGUAUUUGCUUAGUAAUACCAUGAUCUUUGUUAACAGAGUCGUCUUUUGCUUGUAAGUUGAAACAAACCUCAGUCUCUGGCUGCUGCAAAACACAGAAGGAAUUUUUUGUAAUUGCAAGUUAUGUGGUUUUUUUUUACUGGGUGAAAUAAAAGAUAUGCAGUGCCCAGUGAAUUCCAUGAGUUUUAUCUGUUGGGAAAAGGCCAUGAGUGUUCUCAUCUGCAGAGGUGUUUAAGCAUUUAUGCAGUCGGCCACCAAAUGUUUGCAUAAGAUAACUGAAUUAAAUCAAUAAGGCAGUGAACUCUAACUGUUGCCAUGAAAAGUCACAUACUUUCAUGUUCUGGCUUACCAGUAACCAUAAGAACAUGGUCUUCUCUGCCUUUAACAGGAAAUUCAGCUUUGUUUUUGAUAAAAGGUUUAAAGCGUAGGGUUCAAAAGCUGUAUUCAUUAAGCCUUGCUUAAGUGUUUUUUAUGCAAGCGUAACAUCUUUACAAAAAAGUUCCAAAUUUGAGUUAUGUGUGCUAUUAACAAGCACACUAUUUUUUUAAUUAACAACUUUGGUUUCAAGUUUAUUUAUUAACUAGUUUACUAACUUGCAGUUGAGAGGAAAUGCUGUUGUUUUACUAGUCCAGGACUAUUUGAUGAUUUUAGUUUAGCAAAAGUUGUUUAAAAAUUAUUCUGAUAUUCUUCGGAUUUUAAAAGAUGUCCUGUCAUGUUAGUAGGACUCUCAAGAAACAGGCUUUUAGACUAACUUUGUAACUGUUGAUUUGAUUGCAGGCUCUGUCAUCCUGGGCCCUGCCCUUCUUGCCCUGUGAUGAUAACAAAAGCCUGUUCCUGUGGAAAAACAAAGUAUCCUUAUGUUCUUGAAUGAAUUCAUUUUAUUAAAAUCUCUGUAUAAUAAUUUUUCCACACAAUUGUAAGAAGGACACCUCUCCAGCAAUGUACAUUUCUGUGCUAAGUGACCUAGAAGUCUAGUCACUUUGUUGGUUCAGUUAGCUCAGACUAAUUUAUCCAUUGGACAUCUACUUGCAAACCAGGUGUGCCUUGUUAUGCAGCCACAUGAAAAUUUGACAUCCUGGAUUGUUGAUGUGGUACCAGAAUAAUUUUAGAAUGUUCCUGUAAUUCUUUAACAAUACAACAGGAAGCGCAUUAGGUGUGGUCAGGCGACUGUCAUAUUGUGUGACCAAGUUUGCAACAAAAUUCUCAACUGUCUCACCCACAAGUGUUCAAGAAUUUGUCACCAAGGUAACUGGUCAUGGUGGGAUUUAGUCAGAGUCAAUGUCCAUUGAAAGCAGCUCAACACAGCCUUUAAGAAAAACUUUCAGAAAGUAUUCUUUACAUUCAUUUUGAAAGUUUCAGUCUCAGCAUAUUUUUUAUGUCCAGUGCUUUUUAAAUAUAUUUCUAGAAAGUUACAUGAAAAAGAGGUAUUGAAAAUGGUAACCGUUUUAGUACAUUAUGUUUGUCUUAUUAAUAAGGAAUGCCAUUAGUUGAAAGAAUUCUACCCCACUCCCCAGAGGUUCCCAAAAUUUUUGGCCCAAAUAGGAGCCCUGAGAGCAGCAAGGAUAGGAUGCAAAGCUUUGAGUGGUGUUAAAGAAUAGAAACACUGUGAACUAAGAUGAGGCAGUCAAGUGCUUUAAGAUAUUUUUUUGAUGGCCUUAAGAAUUGUGUGAUUUUAUCACACUUAAGAAUUGUUAGUAUAAUGGCAGCCUGUCUCAAAUGUAUGGUAUGUUUAAUAAUCUUUAUUGUAGGUCCCUGUGGAGACUGUAAAAUCCUUGUACAACAAGGUAAGUAGUAAAGGUAACAUUGAGGAAAGUUACAAAAUUUAUGCUUAAGGGGAUUCCUCAGAAAAAAGUUUUAGAAUACUUUUUUUUAAACUUUCCUAAUGGGUAUAUGCCUACCAAUGUCUGUGUCGAAGAAGACAUUUUAAAAGGUAGGUCACCAAGCUUUUUUAAGAGAUACGACGGGCCAAACUUACACCAUUUAUGCCUGUACUGGCACUAAUUGUUUGCUUUACUUUAUUGGUUCACAUCUAACAUUUUGCCUAAGCAGGAAGCAAGGGUUUUUAAAGUUACAUUGAAGAAAAUUGACAGAUGGAAAGUCUUGAGUUAUGGAAAAUUUCGUAUAUAAUUUGUGGUAAAAUCACACAAUUUUCUACAACCUAAUUUGCAUCAUCAAGAAAUUGGCUUGGUGAAUACUUUUAGCUAUAUCCUUUUUUCCCUUUGAUGAAUUUUUUUUUUAAUUUCUCCAAUUCAAUGGGGAUAAUUUGUACACUUGAAUUAUGCAAUAAAAAGUAUAGGUCACCAUGCUCAUUUAAGAGCUAAAAACCAUUGCACCUCUUUCACUGGUCCAUAGAUUGAAAAAAAGGACCAUGGUCUAGCAAAAUUGCAUUCUAAUGCCCUCCCAUUAUUGAAUGAUUCUUACUGUGAUCAACAAAUGUUGUAAAAUUUAGCAGAGCUUCUGGUGCUACUGUUGGAUUUUUCUCUUGCAAGCAUCAUUCUAUGAUGCUUGCAUCUUCAUUAAAAUAUGUGUACUUCACUGGAAAGACUUAGUGCUUCCAGUUCAAAUGCCACACUCCAUUAUAAGAUUAUGGGUCCAAUGACCUGGGAGAGGGAAGUUGUAGCUUCAAAUUGAUUGGCGCAUAAGUUAUGGUUAUAAUUUGAUUAUUAUUAUCUAUAUUGCUAUCAUUGUUUUUGUUGUUAUCAACAGUGAUAUCACUAUAAUUAUUAUCUAUUCCUGCUCUUUCAAUGCUUCUGACAUUACCAGUUUUUUUUGUUCUCCCAUAAAAGUUUGUUAUUGUGGAAAACAACACCGGGAGGUGUUUUGUGGAGCAGGUAAGGAUUGUAGUGAAGACUUCUUUGUUAUUACUUUUGCAUUACUUUAAAGGGUAUGUAAGCUCCAGUCUCAGCCAAAUAAAUCUACACCAUUAAAACCAUGGAUAAAACUUAAAACUUGUGCAUUUUGAUGAGUACCCUAGAUUAACCUAGUGUUGGUAACAACAUGUUUUGUUAAAUGUGCUGAAAUGCAACUAUGAAUGCUGUCAUUCAGAAACAUCUCAGCAACCUGGCUGGCACUUGUCAAACCACAAUGUUUGGUCAAUAAAUGGCUGCAAAAGAAUAAUUUUUUGGGUCAAGAAUGCCUCUUGUGAAGCUCCUACAUGUAAUUGCUUGAACAGAUUGCUAAGAGAAGGUAAAAAGAGGAGAGUGACAUAAAUUUUUUAGAUCACUGGUAAGCAGCCAGGUUGUUCAGCAUGAUUAUAAAAUGGUGGAAUCUCUAGUUGAAUUUCAAAUGCAUUGGAGAACAAUUUUCAAAAGGUUUGGUUUCUCCUUAAAAUUUCAAUUUCAUGCUUUUCCUGUAAGGUUAUUUUUUCAAAGUUUUUUCAAGAAUUGUUGGUAUUUUCUUGUACUGAUAUUUUUAUCAACUUCUUAGGUGUAUACACACAUGUAUUAAGAUCUUUUUCAUGACCACCCCACCUGUAUGAUCACACUGACUGAUCUUUGAACUGGGUCGCAACUGUGUUACAGUGCGAACUAUGUCACUAAAUUUUGUAAAGUUUAACUAAAAACAAGUGACAGUUAAGUGCAGUUUCUAAAAUGUUCUUGCUGUCUGAAAAAAAGGUCUUUUAUUUACAAAAUAAGGUAAACCAAGAAAAAAAAUUACAUGGGACCACUGUGUAGUAAAAGAAGACUUAAAAUUACAUUAGUUAGCUCAUACAAGCUAAAGUUUGAGAAUUUUAAAAGCAACCUGUGAUAUGUCCCUCCCCUAACUUUUAGUGUUGAGCAAAUCUUAAAAUUGUAGGCUCAAAGGGUUAAGGAGUAAAAAGUGGAGUAUUAAGAAGAAGUGGAGGGUCAUAGGGUUGUGUGAUAUUCAUUUUGUUUUCCAAAUGCUUGUGGCUGUUAUUUUCCUGCAUUUGCAUUCUGAGGCACCUCUUGGGUGGCCAUAGACUGUUAAAAACUGUUAGCUGUCUAUAUUAGAUAGGUGUUCACCUUGCCUUACCCUUUUCAGCUUUGUGGGAUGCAUUUUGAUUUGUUUGUUAUUAUACAAUAGGUGUACCUGGCAAUGAGGAUCUGGAAGCAAAAUCAGGAUGUUUCUCUUGCCAAGACAAGUGCUUAAGGUGAAAAUUAAAUCAUUCAUUUCAUUUACAACUUGAUAGUUCUUAUGAAAAGAAGGGAAAAUGAAACCUUAAGAAAGAGAUUCAAGGGUAAAGUAAUCUUGCAUACUAUCAGCAGGGAAGAGAGUGUUGAACACAGCCAUGCCUACAGAGCAGGAGUAUGAAGCCUUGUGCUGCUGUUUAUAAAGCAUGGAAAAUUAAACAAAUGUUGUAUUUCCUCAUUCCAAGCUAAAAUUUAGUUCAAGGAAUGCUCAAUAUCAGCAUACACAAAUACAACUUUUAUUAACUGUCAUGAUCAUUCGUCAACAAAAUUAAAAAAAGGAGAAAAUACUUCUCCUACUUAUAGUAUUGAUGAUUAUCUGGAUUUCAACUACAUAAUGCUGCAUAUCACCUGAAGAAAACUUACAGUAAACAGUUGAAACAACAUGAUCCAUAUCAGAAGUGAUAAACUUGUAAGACAAACGAUUUUGCUUCAUAUACAAGCUUAUUCCCACAAUGAAUAAUCACAUCCUUUUUAAUCAAGUUGUCACCAACUGCUAUAGAGGGAAUAAGAAAGAAAGCUGUUGUUUUGCAUAAGUUAAUUUUGAAAAGUUAAAGAUGUAUAAAUAUUUUUCGUAUUAAUAACAAAAUGAAUUAUUCUCAGCGUAAUUUUCUUAAAUAGUUUUGUUCAUACUAUGCUUAUACAAGCAUCACUCAUACUUGUAGGUGGUUGCAGGUAAGUGAAUUGUGUGACUCUUCUUUGGACAAUGCAUUACAGUAACUUGCAUUUAUUGUCUUCAGAACCUGUAAGAUUUAGGCUUUUGUAAUAAGCCACAAUAACCAUGAUGUUUUGUUGCUGUUUUAUGAGCAUGCUGUAUCUCAGGUUUUUAACCCCAUUUUAUUACAAAAAUCAAUGGUGCAGCUAAUGAAUGAGUUGCCAGGAAGCAGAUCAUUGUAUUGGCACAAAUAUUUCUGGGAUUGCUUCAGGGCAAACAUUGCAACUCACUCACUGUAUGGCGAAAGGUUUUCCCAACAUCUCAACAAUCAGUUUUUGAGGGAGAUUGUUUCUUUUUUAGAAGCAUAAGUUUUUGUUUAAACAACCUUGAAAUAUGAAAUAAAAUCUACUGAUUGACUCUUCUCCAUCAACAAGGAUUAUUGUGAAACUGAUUGGGUAAUAGUCUCGAAAUUUAAUAAAUGAGCUAUAAAUGACCAAGAAGUAACUCAACAAAGCCUUUAAGUUUUUUAACAUGUGUUAAGUCUACGUUCAGAAUUUUUCUUGGUUUGGUUAUACAAAAGAGCACUAUGGUGAUACAUAAAAGUAAUUAAACACCUUCAUUGCUUCUUCACAGCUUCUUCAUUGUGAUCAAUAAGAACAAACCAAAUUUGAUAGGUGGCCUUGGUUGACAUGUCAGGCCACUAUAUCGGUCGACUGUCAAGGUACUUAUCAACUGACUAUUGGUGGACAGUCGACCGACUAUUGGUCGAUAGUCGACUGAUAUUUGACCGAUACUUGACCAAUACUUGACUGAUACUUGACCGAUACUUGACCGAUACCUGGCCGAUACUUGACUGAUACUUGACCGAUACUUGACUGAUACUUCACCGGCAGUUUAUUGCUACAUAUCAGCCGAUGCAUCGGCCGUCAGUCGGUUGAUAUAUCGGUCAACUACCGAUCAACUAUCGACCGACUAUCGACCGACUAUCAACCGACUAUCAGUCAAUAGUCGACCCAAAGUCAACCGAUAUAUCGGUUGACUGUCAGCCAAUAUGUCGACCGAGGCCACCUAUAGUACACAUGAUCCACCUUUUCUUGUGCAACAAUGAGGAGCUUCAAAUGGGUUACUUAGGGGUGAUGCACAACUGAAUAUAUGUCCAUAAUUUCUGCUGGAGUUCUUAUGAUCUUGCUUUUCCUUUCCUAACUCCAAGGAGUAAGAGGAGAAAAAGUUGCAGCUCAAAAACUUAUGGAUUUUUCUCAAACAAACUCACUUGACAAGGGAUUUCCUUGUGUUUUUCAUCACUUAUAUUAUCCUGCUAGAGAGCAACAGCUGGGUGAAAACAAUUUACAUCUGCACUAACAAUGACUUCUCUCUUUUGAGGAGGUAUAUUUUCAGACAUUGUUAUUAGUUUAUUUGAUAUUUUAACAAGUAUGAAGACAGGCUUUGCAUACUCAAGUACAACUGAAAAGACUCCAAUGAGUUAUUUUGUAGUGAUUUGUGGCUGAUUUUGUAAUAUUCAAGAUCAUUAUGUGUUGGUGAUUUCACAAUGGACUGACCUUAUUCAGGAGAGAAGUUUAUAUGUAUAAUUUUUAAUAUAUUUCGUGGUAACUGUGACAAAAAUAAACACUUCCCUCUUAUCAACAUAAUCUUACCUAUUUAUGAUAAAACUGUGGCAAGAAAAAAAGUUCUCCAAAAUAUUUUUUUGGAUGUCCAAAUAACAUCUAGCCAUAUAUCUAGCAACUUGCAAUUUUUGCUCUGUGGCAAUCCCAGAAACUUUGUGCAAACGCAAGGAUCUGAUUACUGGCAACUCAUUCACUUAUUGGUGAUGUAAAUUGUUAGUCUCAUGAUUGUCUUGUAUUAUUUAAGGACCCUUGAUUGUGGUAACCAUAACUGUCAAAAUGUUUGUCAUAUUGGAGUUUGUAAAGAAUGUCUGCUGAAGCCAUCAAUUUUAACAAGUUGUCCAUGUGGAAAAACUCCUGUUUUUGAUUUGCUUGGUGGUCAUGAUGUCAGAAAAUCCUGCUUAGAUCCAGUGCCAACCUGCAAAUUGAUGUGUGGGAAGGUUCUUCCUUGCAGUCCAUCCAAAGGUAUUUUGGCAAGACCUUGAUUCUUGACAAGAUCCAUGAGGAUUUGCAUAUUGUGUAUUUUAACUAGUUUUGAGUAGUGUUUCAUGAAAAAAUCUUCAAUAGAAUUCCUUAUUUAUUGAGUGGCUAAGCUCAAAAUGUAGUUUAUUUCUUAAGGUGAAUGGCUCUAUACAGAAUUCUUAAAAGCUAACUUGUGCUCUUCACAGUCCUACAACUUUCACAUGUGUUGGUACAUGGUAAACUGUCACUGCAAUAGUUAGCUUUUAACAAUUACAUCAUUAAAGGGAAAUUACACCAUGAAAUUGUAUGUAAUAUACAACUUAUUACAUAACAAUGUUGACUGCUUGUCCUGAAUCCCAAGGUACUUGAGAAGACAGUGAUACAACAAGAACAUAGUUUACAAUGUUCUGGUAACAUAUUAAGAUCAACUUGUUUAAAAAUUGUUUUCAAAUACCCAGUGCUAUAAAAGGUUUUCUCCUGUUUCAUAGAUCUGUCAUCUGUGGAAGGCAGAGGAGGCAAAACCACCAAAGAGCACUGCUGUAAAAUGCAAUGUCAUCUAGGUGAGUGUGGUCCUUGUGAUGGAAGGACAAAAGUCAAGUGUAGAUGUGGUACAAAUUCCAAGGUAAGUAACAAUCAGCAAAGCAGGUCUUACCUAAACAAACUGAAUUAUUGCAACUGGUCCUUCCUCUAACAAUAGCAUGGUGUGAUUUUGUGAGAUAUGUCUCUACUGUGGCCACAAUGAUACCACCUUGAAUUAAAAUAAUAGUGUCUCAAAUAUUUGAUUUGGAAUUCCUGCAGUAUGUUAUAAUUAUCACAGAAUUUAAAAUGACCUAAUUUCUCCCCUUUUCAAAUCUACAAAGUUCUGUUUUCACAAGAGGCUUAAAGGCUUACUUAAAUUCUGUUCAAAGUAUCCCUAAAUGUUUACAUAAUGACUGGGAUCUCGUACAGAUCAUUUUCUUGUAAUCAGGAUAAUCAGCAAUUGGUGAAUGGAGUUUCAAAAUGCAUGACAGCUUGCUGAUGCAGAUAUAACUCUUGUGACGUUCAUUUCAUUUGCAAGAAAUUUGUCCUCUAUACUGAAAGAGAAUGUUGUAGAAACUGAUGUACUCACUGUAUUUUUGACUAAAUAUAUUUUCCAAAUAUUUCAUUGUUAAAUUUGUUCUUAAUUUACAACUUUGUAGAACCAUGUUGGAUAUAAUUACUUUGUUUCAGGUCAUACUGAUAGUGACUGCAAGAAAAACAAAAAAAGUGAAUGAUUUGAAAAAUUUUUAAUUGAGAAAAUAAUCAAUCCACAAUAUUUGUAUGUUGCAGAAGGCAAUUUUUCUGGCUAAAACUGUUCUUACUAAAAAAAAAAACAGGAGUAUUAACAUCCGUGUCCCCCUGAAAUAACCACCUCACUGCAACAGACUGUUCUUUUUGUCCCAGGGUGAGUGUUGUGGUGAGGUGCAAGUGUAUUUCCAGUGUAACAUUCUGGAUGUGUUCUAUUUUCUUCCACAGGAGAUCCCUUGCUCAGAGAUAAACUUUGAAGGUAAUUUUAUAAUGAAAACUGCACACUGUAGACAUGCUCAAAGGCUCUGUUUUGUGUAUUGCUUAGUUGUCAAUUUUUUUUCAAGUGCUUUUCAAAACUGAUUGAACAAGGUGUCUGAAGUUUGCAACUUGGACCUGAAUAAUGUCUUAAGUUUAUUACUACCAGAUAUCACCUAAAUCUAAAUGAAUUUUUAACAAAACUAGGUCUUACAAGACUUAUUUUCUCCCCUCAUGUCCAAAAAAAAAAGAAUAUACCUGCGACCAACGCUGUAACAAGAAAAGACGAUGUGGACGACACAGGUGUAACAAGAAAUGCUGUGGGGUAAGUGCUUGGGAUUAUUCUAAAGGAUAGUGGUUCACUAUUGUACUCAUUUCAGCAACAAAUAGUCAAUUUUUCUGUGAGAUUUUACUAAGCAACCUGACAAAUUUUCCGCAAUUUAUGUCUCUAAUUAAAUUACUAGCUCAACAGUCUCUGUUAUGUAUAACACAUAAUACCCAACUUAAACUGUUCCCCUAGAAAAAGAAUUUUGUGCCUAGCUGGUAGUAUUUUUGGGCACUUGAUGGACUUGAGGGCAAGAAAGGGGAAAAAAAGGUUCAUGUUUGCAGUUUUCACUUCCUAUACCUUUUGUUACUCUACCACUUAUUUGUGCAGCCCUUUUGAUCAAAUGUCCCUCAGCUCUGCAGACUAUGAUAAGGAGGAUCCUAUCAUUGAGUAAAGUGUUUAUUUUAUCAUAAUUUUUGUUUUGUGUUAUGACAGACAGACAUGAUUAUUUGGAGUGAAUCAUUAAAUGUAUUUCAGUAUUUUACAAAUGAGUACAAGUAAAUGCCAUGCACUGUCUCAUGUAGGUAUGUGUUUUCUUAAACACCAUUUGCAUUAACUUGGCUGUGUUCUUAUUCCUUAAGGAUGUGGAACACAAGUGUGAGUUUAUUUGUGGUAAAAAGCUGCAAUGUGGUCUUCACCAAUGCUCAGAACCUUGUCACCCUGCUGGUUAUUGUCCACCUUGCUUGAUGUCAGGUAGCAGUUUUCUUACCUCAUGAGUUUGUCUUACCCCGGCCUUGUUACUGUACAAAAAAACAACAACAAUCAAAUUUGUCAACAGAGGACAUCAGUUAGAAAAAAUUUGCCAUAUUUGUAAAACUGGAACAUCUGCAUAUUAAGAAAGACAACUCAAUAGACCAAUGGGGAAUAAUGUUAUCUAAUGGAAAAAUCACUAUCUACCGGCUAGAGAUUUAUCCAGAGGAUAGCAUGCUCCACCCUUCCAACAACUAUGGCCAAUAGGAAAUGCUACUUAAGAUCUAAACUGUUGAUAGUACAGAGAGAUUGUCCAAUCAAUGACUUACCCAAUAGUCAGUGAUGUUUCAACAACUUUACCAGAAUUCACCUUCAGAGGUAGACCAGGAUAACCUGCAAUUCAGUAAUUCAGCUUGAAUGUAGAAUUUUGUGAUUUUAACAGCUCUUCAGGCAGAUAUUUAAAGAACUCUACCAUUCUUGGUAUGUGCAAUCAUUGAACAUUAGACAGGGAAGUGUAAAUAAGCAAGGUUUUGGAUUGUCUUUUGUGUAUUACCUCUUUCACCCUUUGUGUGUAGAAAUUGGAAUCACAUUGAGUAAACUUCACUUUGUUCCAGAGCAAGUGGUGUUCCGACAUGCUGAAACAGUGGAGGUCUAUUUUUUUGCAAGUAGUUUAUCCCUGUCAUGCUCUUUGAUUCUCUCUUUUCCAAUCUCGUCGAUGUAGACCUUGCUGCACUCACAGAGCAUUCUUUAAACCAAGUAUCCUUUGGUCACCUAUUUGGUGUGAUAGUAGCAUGGUCUUUGACUAAAAAACUGCCUGUUGAAAGUGUUUCUUACUAUGUGAUGUUGCCAUCAUUCUGGAUUUGUGACUUGUGGGAAGCUUUCAAGCAAACAACUCAAUAUCUUUUAGAGUUCUUUCAGUUGGAAAACGUGUUGCUGUAGACAGUUCCAAAUUUGUUCGGAAAGACCUUUGACAUAGGGCAGGACUGGGGUGGAUCUCAACUCAGUGGAGGGUUCAAUGCUGUGGUAGGUGUCUUGGCUAUGUUACCCUCUGCAUGAAAGAGGAAGGAUAACUGUUGGAAACAACAUAUGAUGACAGAUGUUUCUUCUCCAUAAAGAUAAUGGAGGGUUUUGAUUGGAGACAUUUAGCACGCUCGUAGAUACUUGAUAAUACUGUGCUUUACUGAUUGUGGAUGGUAUGAGUUAUGGGCUUAGUAGUAGUAAGUAUGUUGUCUUCCUGUUUAUGCCAGUGGGUAGCCAUCCAUCAGGUUCUCUUUUAACUGCAUUGUGAAGGAAGGUGGCUCUGUUGCUGUUUUCUUUUUCCAUAGUGAAGAAAAUGGAAGGCUGUCAGUUUAAAAUCUGUAGGAAGCUUUCUAUGCUCUCACAUGCCAAGAUGAUAAAGGUGUUGUCUAUGUAGUGCUUCCAAAUCCUGGGGGGAUGAUGUUACUGCUUGUUCUUCAAACCUCUUCAUGUAGAGGAUAGCAACAACAGUGGAAACCAGACCCCUAUAGCUGUGCCUUCUGUCUGUUUAUAAAUUGAUCCAUUGUACUGGAAGUACAUACAUAUCAAUACAAACUUGAGGAGAUCCAUGAUCUGACUAAGUGUUGUUAUGCAGUUGGAUAGAAUAUAAUCAUUUUCAAGUUCCUGCAGAGCUGCUUGUACAACUGUGUUGAUUGGAAUAUUUGUAAACAAUCAUCUAAACAGCUAUUGAUCCCUUAUCAUCUAGUGAAGAAAACCAUGAUCUUAUGGUUACUGAUUAGCCAGAACAUGAGUGAACAAAUGACUUUUCAUGAUUUUUGUGAAGCAGUUAGCAGCUUGACAGAAUUCACUGUCAUAUAUCUUUUAUUUCACCCAGUAAAAGAAAAAAAAAAGCAAAGACAAAACUUGCAAUCACAAGAAAUGUGUUCUGUGUUUCCAGGCAGGUGGGAGACUGGAGGUUUGUUUCAAAUUACAAGCAGAAGACUCUGUUAUCAAAGAUCAUAGCGUAACUAUGCAAAUACUUUAAGCAACUGCAACUCAGAGUGAUGUACAAGUAGAAAAAUAGAAAAGAAGCUGGCAUAGCUAGGCAAAGGAGGGUCUGGAACAUUGGGUAGAAAAUGGAGAACAAGUUUGGACAGAAAUUUGAUGCACACAGGAUAUCGUCUUGGGUUGUUUUGAUCAACUGCCUGUUGAAAGUGUUUUGUAUCAUGCGAUGUUGGAAGGCUACCACCAUUCUGGAUAUGUGACUUUUUGGAACCUUUCAAGCAAACAACCCAAGAUCUUUUAGAGUUCUUUUAGUCAACUUCUACCUUAUUACAUAAGUUUUGAUAAAAAUGAUUGAUAUUGUUUCAUCGUAUACCACAUUUCCAGCAGAAAAAGAUUUUGAGUUUCCAAGAUAUUUAUGCUGACUCAAAUUUUGGUAACCAGUAACCAUAUGUCCUCUUAGAGGACUUAAGUGUGCAACUCUGGCAGAAAGUUUGCAUGUCAACAAAAAGAAGGUUUUGAUUGUCCAAUGUUUAAUGACCAUUUACCAAAGUUUAACACAAAAAAUGCCAUUUGAAGCCAGUUUUUACUGAAUGGAGCUAAUGGGUUAUUGAGAGGGGAAUUUUUUCAUAUUAUUCUCUUGCAACUGCUUUACUGAGGUAGCCACUGACUUCAAAUCUUAUUGAAAGCACUGCAAAGGACUCCAUGAUCUUGCUUUCUUGAGUCGUUUCACCACUGAUGAUAGGCACAAAGUGGGCUGAGUUGAGCACUGAAAAGUCUGAGUUACCUGUUAGCAGAAAUAAGAUGUUAGCUGAAUGAGCAGACAAAUCAUAUGCUAAAGUGUUCACACACGACACAUUUGGUCUCAGUAUAUUGCCUUGAUUUAUCUUUGGUAAACCAUCUUGGUCUGAUAGGUGUGAGCAUUUAAGACUACAUUAGGAAGACUGCAUCAUUUCCUUCAUGAUGUAUAGGUCACACAUACUUAUUUGAUGUCAUCACCUCAAGAAGAGAGGCAGUAUGCAGUCAAACAUUGCAAUCCACUUCCGUAGUGGCCUCAUUUAUGAGACAAACAAUGACAUUUCUCUCUUGAAAGUCUUUGGAUGUGUACAGAAGCUGUGGGAAUUGGGUCCUUGUUGCAGGAAGUGUGUGUCUAAAUGCUGAAAAUUGACCAAUAACAAAUGACUCUAUCAUUGUGAGCGAAGAUAAACAAAUUUACAAUACCAUGAACACUUUCUUACAUUUUCGUGAUAACAAAUCUUUUCAACUCUUUAUGGUGGCCAAUUUACUUAAUCAACUCUAUUGAUAAUAUUAAAUUGCCCUUUCAAUAAGAUACAUAACUAAAAAUUUGCUAGCUGACUUUUAUUAAGUUUCUGAAACUCUAAGUCCCUUUUUUCAGGCUUUGACGAAUUAAAAUGUUACUGUGGAGCUACAGUUUUGUACCCACCAAUCCCAUGUGGAACUACACCUCCUGAGUGUGACAAGCCUUGCUCAAGGAUUCAUACUUGUCACCAUCCAGGUAUGAUAGCUAUUCACAUAGUUUGCAGGUUGAAGGUUAUUUCACCCGAAAGCGUUCUUUAUCUCAUUGGCAAAGAAUUUUAUACACACUUUCCCUUCCCGCAGUUUAUUUUAGAAUCACAAAAGGGCUUAAACACAAGCAAUAGUUCAGAGUGCUACUGUUGUAUAUACUCUAUGGUAUGGUAGACCUUUCAAAACAAAUUAUUUUGAAUACAUGCAAAUAACAGUGAAGGGGCAAGCACGACAACAGUUGAAUUAAACAAGAAGGAGAGUGGUGAUGUUAAAUGGAAACUGUAAGCAAAAGGCAAGUACCUAAGUUGCCCAAGUAUUGUAGUCAUAAAUGAAAUAUAAGAAAAUCAAGAGUGUUUUCUGUAACAUACUUUUAUUUUGAUCAUUAGUGAAUCAUACAUGCCACAAUGACGAAACGUGCCCUCCUUGCACAAUAUUGACCAAGAAAAAAUGUAUGGGAGACCAUGAGGUACUGUUGGCCUGUAUGUUCACAAUACCAAAGCUUCCUGUUGUGGUUUGUUGGCACAAUGCUUGAGAAUUGCUUGUAUAAGACCCAAUCUUAUUGAGGGUUGAUUUCAAAAUGACGCAAGUUGUCCAGACUUGUAUAGCCAGGAUGCAACAAUUAAAUAAACAAAAAAAUUUAUUCAGUGAUCAUGAGAGUGGGUUAAGGAAAAUUUUGGAGUCUCCCUCCUGGUUUAAAACCUCAGACCUUCAUAUCGGAGUGCUAAUGCUCUUCCACUGAGCAACAGAACUCAGACAGUUAAGCCACAUACUAGGGAUGGGAUGUGAGACAAGUGUCUUACAUGCUGCUAGGAUCAGGAAGUACGACCAAUUUAAUCAGUCGGGCCAUUUUAACAAGGUAAACCAUUUUACCCAGUAAGGUCAGUUUAUAACCAUUUAAUUUAGACCUUGUUAAGCAGUUGGAGGUGGCGCUGGAGGCUAAUCUGGGUUAAUUUGGCCAUCUUUUGCUCCGUUUUGAAAAAUUUCAAGGGGUCUAAGACUAACCAAAAUAACCCAAGUAAGUCAGUUUUAACCAGGUAGGAUCAAUUUAAUUUGUUUCACCAUGUUAACUGGUUGCAUCAUUUUAACGAGUUGGACCAUUUUCUCUGGUUACACCAUUUACUACAAGUUGGACCAUUUUAUCUUGUUAGAUCAUUUUCUCUAGUUAGACCAUUUAAACCAAAUUAAACAUUUUAACCACUUAGACCAUAUCUUCUAGUUAGGUCGUUUUAACAAAUUGGACCAUUUUAAUUGCUCUAACUAUUUUCACCAGGGGUAUCAUUUUAACAAGUUAGACUAUUUUCUCUAGUUAGACCAUUUUAUCCAGUUGGACCAUUUUAAUCAGCUGGAUAUUUAUAACAAGUUGAACCAUUUGUUUUGUAAAUUAGACCAUUUGAAUUGGUUGGACCUUUCUAUGUAGUUAGACAAUUUUCACUGGUAUGACCAUUUUAUUUAGUAAGACCAUUUUAAGUGUUUUGAGUAUUUUAUUAAGUUGUCAUUCUAUCCGGAUGGACCAUUUUCUCUAAUUAGGCCAUUUUUACCAGUUGAACUAUUUUAUCUAAUUAGACAAUUUUCUCUCAUAGGACCCUUUUCAUAUGUUCCACCAUUCUAUCUUGUUUCACCAUUUUAUAAAAAUACCCCAUUUUAUCUUAUUACCCUACUUUAACCAACUGGACCAUUCUAACAAGUGGAAUCUUUUUUCCUAGUCAGGCCAGUGUAAAUAGUUCAACCAAUUUACCUAGUUAGAGCAUUUAAGUGGCUGGACCAUUCUAUCUAGUAAGACCAUUUCAAUUGUUUGAACUGAUUUAUUCUGUUCGACCACUUUAACGGGUUUUCCGUUUCCAUUUUCCUUAAUUGGACCAUUUGUGCCAGUUGGACCAUUUCACUGGUAUGACCAUUUUUAUUAGUAAGACCAUUUAAAGUGGUUUGAGUACUUAUUUAGUUAGGUCAUUUUAACCAGCUGGACCAUUUUCUCUAUUUCGACAAUUUCUACCGGUUGAACCACUUUCUCGCCCUAGACUAUUUUCACUAGUUCCACUAUUUUUCUAGUUUCACCAUUUCAACCCCUUGGAUCAAUCUAUUUAGAUAGACCAUUUUAAGUACUUAGACCAUUUUACCUAGUCAGACGAUUAUCACCAAUUUGACUGUCUUAGGCAAUACACCCAUUUACCUAGUUAAACCAUUGUAAACGGUUGGACCAUUUUUAAUUUUUAAUUAUAAAAAAGAAAAAUAAUUCUUUGUUAGCAUGUAGAGUGGUAUGUUGCUAGCACCAAUCAGAUCGCCGCAUUUGGGUAUUUAUCUCUCACCAAUCAGAUUGCCGCAUAAGGGUAUGUAUCUCGCACCAAUCAUAUCACAGCAUUUGGAUAUCUUGCACCAAUCACAACGUUUAGGGCAUGUUUCUCGCAUCAAUCAUAUCACAGCUUCCCUGUAAAAGAUGUCAUGGAAUCAGGAGGCUGUACACAAAGAAUGACAUACACCCCAAAUUUGGGCUUAUUUUGAUAAGUGUAAUGGUUUGUGGCCUUCGCGAGAGUCUCGUCGAUUAAGGUCGAUAUUUUUCUGGAUAUGAAAGGUUCGCAUUUAACCUGUUUGUAUCAUUUUUAGUUAAAACGUGUUUUUUGCUCCUUUACUCACAGCUCGCGCGCCAAACAACCAUUUUAUCUAGUACGACGAUUUUUAGCAGUUUGACCAUUUUAUUUACUCAGGUCAUUUUAACCAUAGUAACCAGGUUGACCAAUUUCUCUAGAUAGACCAUUUCUACCCGUGCAACCAUUUUCUCUACUUCGACCAUUUAAACUAAGAAGUUAGUUUCAUUUCAACAGUUGGAGUGUUUUGCCUAGUAAAACCAUUUUAACCGGUUAGUCCAUUUUAAUCACAUGUCAUUGGUUGGAACAUUUAGUUGGACUAGUUAGACCUAGUUAGAUCAUUAGUGUCAGUUGGACCAUUUUAUCUGGGUACACCAUCUUAAUCAAUUGCGCUAAUUUGUCUAAUUGACCAUUUGAAGUGGCUCGGCCAUUUUUUCUAGUUCAACCAUUUUAACCAGUUGCACCAUUUUAUCUUGUUAGUUAGUUCACUAAUUUGGUCGACAAUGUCAAAAGAGAUAUGCAUUUGUUGAUAAUUAAGGCAUGAUGGUAGAUUUGGGUAGAUCAUGCAAUUGCUAAUGCAGAAGGUCUCAGGUUUGAAUCCUCAUGGGGGACUGAUGAAUGAAUAACAUGUCUCUGCCACUGGCAACCAACCUUCUCCCUGGAAGUUUUCUGCACAAUUUCAGAACUAAAACAGUUUGCUGUGGAUCGUUACUGUCCAUGUCCUUAUUAUAAAAAAGCAGUAAGAAUGAGCAAAAUGUUAGAACUACCAUCCCUACGCGCUGUCAAAUAUACAACUGGUGUUUAUUGAAUAUCAAAGUAAAGUGCUUUCAGUCUUUACACAGUUGCAUUAAUUUGCUCGACUUAUUGAGUGUUUUUCCCUCUCUGAGUUUGGUUUAGGUUUUUUCAUAGCAAUGGAAAGAUAGUGCAUUCACUAAUGGAAGCAGAUAACAUGGAGGAAAUCCUUUAUCAUUCGAUGUCAUGAAUUUGAUCUGGUUUCUUUAAGGUUCGACACAACAUUCCGUGCCAUGUAAAUGAUGUCUCAUGUGGAAAGGAGUGUGGAAAACCACUGAAUUGUGGACACAAAUGUCUUAAAAUUUGUCAUAGGGUAAUUCAAUGAAGAAUUUAUUUGUUUUCGAGAUCAAAUUUUCCAAACCAACAACAUAUCGUCUGUUUGUGUAUCAAUUUUGUGGGGACAGUUGAUAUUCCUGAUAUACUUGUACCAUGGAAUACAAAGAAUCUUAAUCUGAUCGCAUGUAACUUAGUGAAGAAAUUAAUAAUAAUUAUAGGGUUUCUAUGGGACUUGUGUUUGGCGCCUUACUAUUGCAGAGCCAAUUGGUAACGUCGUAACGUGUACAAUUGUCUGAUACCAGUUUAACAAAAUCGUUUUUUGUAUAGAUCAACUACUUUUUUUCCGAAGAGGGAUAACGGAACAUCAAUCCCAGGUUGCUUGAAGUUUUUUGUUAAAGAUUUGUUGUGUUCAUUCAGCUUCCAUGUCUGAGUGACGAUGAGCCAUGUUUACAACCCUGCGAGUUUCCACGUAAGGAUUGUGGUCACCCAUGUGCAGCAACCUGCCAUUCUGGCAAGCAAUGCCCAGCAAUACCAUGCAAAGUCAAGGUAUGUUUCGUUAAGUUCCUGUUCAAAUUAAAAACUACGUUCCAAUGAAGGUUCAAGUGUGAUAACGAGCUAAAUGGCUCAUUCUGUUGGUGUAUAUCUCGGUUUCUGUAACAGAAGUCAGCUGAAAAAUUUGUUAGUCAAUCAAAAGCCGACUCCCCCCCCUUCCCCCUCAAUACCAGCACUCUAUCAGGUAGACAUUAUCAUGUUGGAUUUCUUCUUUUAUUGUUGUUUAAUGUAGCUUUUUUUUUGUGGAAGCAACUGAGGAUGGUGUUCAUACAGGUUUUUUAAGAGGAAAGAUUCUUUUCAGGUCACAGUAAAAUGCAAAUGUGGGAGACGUUCAGAAAAGUUACCCUGUCUUCAAGGAGGCGAAAAGACGGCUGUUACUCAAGCAUAUCAGCGGUAAGGUUAAUUACAGUGCUUGAAGCUAUUGUAUCAUAAACAACUACAACGUCAGAGGUACUUUGUAUGAUCCGUGAUUUUCUUUCGAUUUACUUUUAAAUCUAACUCCUUACUUUGAAAUCGCAGUUAAAGUGGAAUACAAUUUCCAUGGUGAAAUUGAAAGGAACUUAAGUUGCUAUUCCUCCUUAUUAUUAUUUGCUGAUUUUUUUUUUGUAUUAGUAGGUAGCCUGGGGAUUGAAAAAUUGAUAUGUAUCUAAUUUGUUUGUAAUUUGAAAGAGGAAAGUAUUUUUUUAAAAUUUUCAUAACUAUAACUAAAUCCUACCAUAGUGCUAACCAGGAGAGGGUGGGUGUGUUUGUAUUGUAGCCUGGCCACGGAGACACUUGCAACCAAGAUGAAAGAUUUACAAAGUGGCCAGUGUAUAGAUAUCAGCAGCAUGAUGAAAGUGGAUGAUAAGAAGUUACGAGAGUAAGCUCAGUUUCAACAAGUUUCUUCAUCUUAAAAAUUUUAGCAGUUGGGUUCCUUGUGCUCGCCACUAUAUUUUAGGGGCAUUUACAGGUCACUCGGCGUAUCGUUUUACAGUCGUUUCGCUUCUAUUACAUGUGAUUCGCGUCAAUUCAACAGUACUAUUGAAACAAAAAAAAUUUAUACUUAAAAAUAUAUCAAAAAAUUAUAAAUCAUAGGUAAAUGCGUCGAAACUUUCUGUCGUGUCUGAACGUAUCCAACAUUCCAUGGUCACAGGCCUCCUAACCUCACGUCUCCAAAAAGUGAAAAAGUGUCUUUUCUUGCAUGAAGGCUUCACACUUUGUGUGAGUCCCAACGUGACCGCCCAGAUGACGCGGUGUUAGGUUACGGAGAUAUCGUUGAUAAUUUAUAUAGCUAGUAAGACGUUGUAAGGGGAAUAAGUCAUCGUCGGUUUAGAGCGCUAAAUUAUGCAAAUAUUGACAUUAUAAUUUAAGCUGAACAAAACUAAUUCACAUCUAGUGUGUCCCAUACAGUCUUACCGAUCCUUGGCGUGAAGCAGAGGCUAUACACCAGAAUUUCGAGCCUUAUCCGGUCCGAGGUGGUCUGUGUCCAGACAUUUCUCCAGGGUCUAUUCUUUUCCUCCUCAAAGAAAUUACUUUCUUUGAGAGUACGCUCAAUUCCUCAACGGUUCUUCGCUUAUCCUAACACCGCGAGGGUAACGUUCAGACUCGUUUGAAGCCUUCAUUAAUGAAUAGAUCAUUAUUUUUCGCCUUUCUCGAAACGUGAUCUUGGGCCGGCAAUGCCGCGAUAGGAUGAACACGAAAGGUGCCCAGCCAUCCCCACCUGAGUACCUAGCCACCAUCACAUACAGUUUAUUGAUCUUAAGUAUAUGUGACACGUGUAAAAUUAAGGGUGUGGUUGAAGGACUAUGUCUGUUAAGAGCAUACGGAACAUUAACAAAAAAAAAAGAAUGAUUUAACCUUUGAUUUUAUCUCAAAUAAUUCUGUUAAAUAACUGCUGCACCCGAGAGAAGUUCACUUUUCACACACUGAACCUGUUGAAAAAAUACUCCCAAAAAAGGCUCCCUUGAGAGCCACCAAGACAAAAGAGUCCUCUAGAAGCAACCUUUGCAAUAUGUCAUAACCAGCCUCAACUGCAUUUUAGAUUACCUAAAUGAGUUCAUUUGUUAUUGUUAAUGACGUUGUCCAUUUCCACAAGCAAUUUGGAAACAACGUCGAUGGUUGUUGUGGGAAAAAUGUUUUUUGAAGAAAGAUUCAGUUUAUUCAUUAGAAAACUCGUAAGAAUGAUUAGUCUUCUCCAUAAAGAAAAACAGAAAAAACUCAGGAACACCUUUUUACAAUUCAGACUUGGAUGAAAACGACUGAUUGUUUUGGCGGGGUGACUUCUGAACUUGUGAUUUGCUUCGAAACAAUCUAUUAUCUGUAGAAAUUCUCUUCGGAAAUCCUUUUUAUUUUAUUGUUGUGGUGCAGUAGUGGGUACGUUCCUUGGGGAUUUUAAUUAACUUAAGAGACUGCAAUGUUAUGUCAACAUAUUCUUAAAUUCAGCUGAAAAGAAAAGUUCGAGAAAAUACUGGGUAAAGUAAGUGGUGUAAAAUGUCCUAGUCCAAAUCAGUGUUGAUUCGUACACACCAAAUUAAAAUCAGGGAAUGGUUGUUGAGUGUAUCAGUUGACUCACAACUGCAUGAAUUUUUAUGAAGUAGUAAGGGAAUUAAUUAUAAUAGACAUUGACAAGGCCAACGAUGGAGGGAAGUCUCCACUGGUACCUAAUAUUUCCUGCAAGGAUUCCAGAGAAUUAGUUGUAGAUCUCAGUAUAUUGGCUGUUCCGUUUUUUCCUCAGGCUUGAGUGUAACAGUGAUUGUCAUGUACACGAACGAAACAGGUAUUUAAUUGUUUUUCAAGACCCCCUUUGGAAAAGAAUUUACUCAGACGUCUUGUCUUAAAGUAUUUGCGAUUUAUACUGUACUGCGUAACUUGGUGUCAUAUCUGGGAUUCGACAACACACGAAACGUUCGAGAUGUUUUGAUGGGCUACAGGUUACACUGCAACUUGAAAACAGAUCGUUAGCAUUGCGUCAGUGCUGAAUGAUUGCUGAUCACAAUCUUUUCAAGUUUGAAUGUUUUACAGUUUUUGUCAGUUGUAUUAUUAUUAUUAUUAUUAUUAUUAUUAUUAUUAUUAUUAUUAUUAUUAUUAUUGUAAGUAGUAGUAGGAGUAGUAGUAUUACAUGAUUUCCGGACGAUUUAGAUAAUCUGUGAUGCAACAAAACGCUUUACAGUCACUCGGCUCUGUCACGCUCAGUAAUCCAGCAAUUACUUGGUAUGGCUUUUUUAUCUUUUCAACAGACGGUUGGCCGAAGCACUUAACAUUGAAAAUGCUGAUUUGUCCCAAGAGGUCUCAUUUCGCUAUUCACCAUUCCUUUGGACGGAAGCCAAGUAAGUGACACUGAAUCUUGACAGGAGUUUGCCCUGAUAUGACUAAUUUUUAGGUCAAUGGGAAAUUUCUUUUAAAAGAAGAAGCUCUCGACACAAUCCUUAUUUAGUUAGAGAAAUUCGUGAUAAUCAAAAUUGACAAUGAUCCGCCGUUACCACUUUAUAUUUCGAAACUAAGGUAUACCGAACCAAAGGCAUACAAAUAAGGGUUUGUGCAACUUUUAGUCCGUAUUUUCCGUUACUUUGACCAGAAUGAACGUUCAGUUCCUCUUACUAGUCUAGGUAGAGGACCAAACCGAAUUUUUCCCUUUACUAUGCUAUGGCCUUGUUAGGAUGUGCGUGGCAAUCAAUCGGGAGAAAAACAAAUGCUUUUUUUCCCUUACAUUUCUACUGUGUGUAUGACUGUUUAUUGGAAACGAUUUUAUGUCACGCAGAGCACUUUCAGCGACUCUUCUACCUGAAAAACAUAACGAGUUUGUCGUUUAGUCCUUAGCUCGUUUUAAUAGACUAUUUCAGAGGAAAGAAGGGGUUUAGAGAAUCGUUUGCUCGAACGUUUAAGAACAAUUGGCGAUGUAUAAUGGGAGGCUUUGGCGUCAGACCUGUUUUAGAUUUAUUGUACGAGCCACGAAACUGACCAAUCAUACUCUGCGUAUUUAAGUAUUUGAACAUACAUUUCAACCCACCCUUUCGACGCCCUUGUUUAUAUGUAACUAGGUUGGUGGGGUUUUCAUAGUGUUUGCAGUUCUCUGUUUGGUGUCAGUGUACUCACAUACUACCCACAUGUUCUCUACUCGUAACGAGUGAUUCAAGUUGUUUUCUUUUCUACAAAUAAAAGGCAAAAUCUAAAAUUUGCCAAGUCUGUGGAGGAGGCACUGGAAAAUCUUGUUCAAGCUACUUUGAAGGUAAGAAUUAAGAUCAGAAAUUUAUCUUGUUUAACAUUUUUUUACGGCAACCGGAUCAGUGAGUUGGAAAUUAUUUUUAUAAUUGAUGAAUCAGAAGUGGGAUGUGAUUAUUUAGUAAUGCCGCACUUUAAAUGAUUCAGGCCGAUAGAGUAAAUUGACUCUUUACGUCGAACUCGAAAAACCUCUUAAAAUCCACGUAGGAGAAGUAGCAAAAAAAAAAAAAGGUGGGAACUUAUAUAGUGGCACGAAACUCUUUGAAAAUGGAUUAACCGAAAAAAUAGGACGCUGAAUACUAUGUUAGAUAAACUACUCCAAAAAGAGGCUAAUUGUGAAAGGAUGCAGAUUUAAAUCACAAAAUAGAUAAUCUACAUACCACUGUAUGAAGAGUUACAUAAAAACUGUAGAGAUCUGGAAACGUGCCGUGAGAAAAUUUAUUUCGGACUCAUUUGUUCCUAUGUCUCUCAAUUGUAAAAAUUACAUUUUCAAGUUUGCGGAGUACUGCAAUGUUAUUAUUCAACUUCGGUGAAUGAUCGUUGAAUAUUACAGGCCUCUAGUGUCACUACAUGGGAUAAACGUGAACAUUAAAGAUGACAUUUGUACUUAUCACCUUUCAGUCAACAACAUCUCAAAGGACACAUUCCUUUCCACCGAUGAACUCAAAUCAAAGACGGCUCGUCCAUGAACUUGCUGUGUUUUACAACUGUGCAUCCAGAAGUUAUGAUAAAGAACCAAAAAGAAACACAGUAGUAACUGCCACUAAGUGAGUAUCAUAUGCCGUAGCCUGAUCUGGGAAGGGAGGAGGGGGUGCUCAUGAGAACGUUGGGUAGGGGUGUGCUGGAGAAGCCUGACCUAAUUUAAGACAAAUAGCGAUCAAUUCGCUACUCAGAUGUAGUCAUCAAACGGUGUGAAUUGUGGCCUGAUGACUUUAGAUCUUUGUCUAACACGUAGGGUGACCUGCCAGUGUAUCUUAGAAGUUUCCCGAGGUCAGCUACCAUUUUGAAAACUGGUCGCCAUCUUAUGAAACCUGACUGAGAAACUCUUGGUGGCGAGGUUGUUUAGCUCGCACGGUAGGCCUUCUCCAUCUAGUUUCCUCGGUGAAUCGUUUUCAAACAUCGUUUCUGGUCUCCACACUGAAUGUCUGUGUGGUCCUUUUGACUUAAUCAGCCAACGCUUUCUACUAUUUGAAUGAUACAUCGCUAACUAUUCAAUUAGUUAUAGGGUAUGUCAUUGUCUUUUCAGGGAGUCUCGUCUUCCUUCUGCAAGAUUAUCAUCACAGAUAGUGAGAGAAAUCAACCCGCCUCCUCCUCAGCCCAUACCAUUCCUACCCUCCUCUCAGGAACCUACAAAAAAGUUAGUAUAUUGAUGACGGACCUAAUUACACAUUAAAUUCGUUUAGUUGUGACGAAUAUGGAAGCGACCCUAGCAGUUAGAAACACCACUUCGGUAGUUGUGAAAAUAAGGCCUGAAAAAAAAAAACAGGCCCGUACGAGAUCUGAACCCAUUACCUUUGCGAUACCGGUGCAGCGCUCUACCAACUGAGCUAACAAGCCAGUUGGGAGCUGAUCAAAGUUGAGUCGUGAUCAAAGUUGCAGAUUUAUGGUCGUGGCAGCGAAGGCAAAGUUGGUGUCAAAAACCGUGAGUAAAGAAAACGUGAUUUGUUGUAGUAAAGAUUCGACCUUAAUAUGCGAAACAAAACAGUUCCUCAAACAAGAGUUUUGUGAAAAGACGAGCACAGAAAUUUGUGCCUCUUUUGCUGAUUGGCGCUUUCAAAAAUGGGCCUUUGAGUGCUGAAGCGAUUUUCUCUAGUUUUCUAACUCUACAUUUGAAGAGUGCCACAAAGCUGCUAAACUUACGUUAUUUUUAAAACACCUAAAACUGAGUACUUCAACCCUUCCCUUCAUAUUUUUGUACGAAAUUGACCAUUUAAAACACAGUAGAAGAGUUGCAGAUUUACGUAUUCGUUUUUUAUGAUAAAAAAUGAGAGAGGAAGGGAAGCCCAGGUAUUGAAAAGUUGCUCUUGUUAGCCUCGUUUCCAUGUCUCAGUGGGGCUCCAAAUAGCCGUCAGACGUAAUUUCCCACGCAAAAUAAAUUUCAAUCUCAAAAUAUCCAUUUCGGGAUUAGAACCUCUAACCAAGUUCACAUGCAAAAUUUGAGCCAAGUCGGUGAACCUGCCUGUCCCGCCUGAUCCGACAUUUAUGGACUAUCGCUUUUUAAUGCUCGUCAAUUUGUACAAAUCAGUGUUUGCACGUCACUGUUAUUGACAUUGAAAUCUAUUAUGAUGCAAAGGAACGAAAAAUGUCGAGCUAACGAAUCUCAAACUCGCUUUUUAAUAGCACUGAACGUUACUGCUUAUGCUUAAAUCGUUGACGUUUUCUUUCUUGUUGGUACGGUAAGAAAGUAACUCUGUUGUAAAUGUUAGUAGUUUCGCGAUCUCACCGCUCGCCUUGGAAAUUGCUAUUUUUUUUUUCGCUUUUGAGCUGUAAAAUGUUCGUCUUCUUAUCAACCUUUUCAUUUGCAGGUUAUUGUCUCAGGAAAGGAAAAAAACCGCAUGGGCACAACCUCCUGAUUACUUUUCCGAUGAUUUCCAAGACUGAUAAACAAGAUGCCAACUUGAUUUAACUUAAUUCAUAGGAGAAAGAGACAGAAGUUAGAAGAAGAACUGAAGUGUGAUCUUCCUGGCUCUUUAAUUAUAAAAUGAAUGAAGUGGGAAGACUUAAACGUCAAUUAAUUUACUCUUCUAACAUUUACUCUAAAAGAAUUACAAACCCUUACAUAAUAUUUUCUGAUACCUUUAGAAUAAGGAUUCGAAUUACCGCUGCAUCCUUAUGUCAGACUGCGUUUUUCGGGAAGGGAGUCGAGACUAGCAAAUAAACUCUAUUACCAUGAGCGUCAUGUUGAUGCUAAUAUCCAGCCAUUUUGACCACACAAGCUUGGUCAAUAACGAAUUUAUUGUAAAGAAAAAAGAUUUUGUCAAUAUUACGGUUAUUGUGAUCUUUUCUGUGAUUGGUGGAUUAGCUGAGUGGACUUAGUAUGAUUGGCUGCUUCAGCUGUCCGAUUACAGCCAACUGUCCGAUUACAACUGUACAGAAUGCCUACUGAAAAUUGAAGCUGUGGAUGCAACCAUAAUAUUAAUAAAAUCAUACUCGUGAUUGACAAAUCGGACAAGUCCGAUUUUGUUAAUCACUCCUAUGGUUACAGACCAGAUUGGACUCCACUCGCUCCUAUUUCUAUUAUUUAUUUUAGUUGCAGAUACGAAAUCUUAGAAAAAAAAACAGAGGAGUAUGUGUAUAAAUAGCAACACAAAGAUAAUUUAUGGCACACGUCAGAAUACUAUUCAUUUGCUCAAAGUUAUCAAAUCGAUUUCAACUUUAGGAAAUUAUAUUUGGAUUGAUGACAGAGAUUUAAGUGAAUAACAUCGAUUUUCCGGAUUGAAAGCCUUGAGAACUCUUUAAUUAAGAUGGGUGGUAACGAUUUUUGGUACAAUGAAACUGCAAAAAGUCAGUUUGUUCAUGUUGAGAGAAGAAAAGUUUGAUUUUGUCAUAAAACAACAAACACACUUUAACGUCACGCGGAUCAUGGUCAUUUGAACCCUAACAAGUCAGUCUAACAUGUCAGUCGUAAAAUCUGUGGCACGUCCGCUGGAAAGUUAGCCUCGUAAGCAAG